GAGCCCAGGUAGAUGUGGCCGACAUGCUCAUUACUUAAAAAACUCGGAUAUUGACUGGUUAAACGGAAUCUAACUCUCUUAGCAUGGUGUUGUCUGUGGUGCCCCAUUUUCUUACCAUUUUCCUUGGUUGUUCUUUGUAAUUUCCCGAAGGAACGUUUAUGCGUCCUUGGUAGUUUCCAGGAAGGAACGUUUUGCCUGCCGGAUCUCAUCCUUAUUCCUGUUUAUUUAGCUAGAUGUGGCCGACAUUUAAAAAUUCGGACAUUGACUAGUUAAACGGAAUCUAAUUCUCUUCACAUGCUGUUGUCGGUGGCGCCCGAUUUUCUAAGCAUUUUCCCUGGUUUUCAUGGUAAUUUCCUGGAAUGAUUGUUUACGCAUCCUUGGUAGUUUUCAGGAAGGAAUGGGUUUCGGUGGCGCCCGAUUUUCUAAGUAUUUUCCCUGGUUUUCAUGGUAAUUUCGUGGAAGGAACGUUUACGCAUCCUUGGUAGUUUUCAGGAAGGAAUGGGUUUGCCUCCAAGAUCUACUGUUUUUAUAUAAUCCUCUCUAUUUUAUAUUUAGGUAUGCUUUCUCCGAUCCAAUUCCGUCUGCCUUUGCCCAUAUUGUUUGCUCGUUUUCAGCAUUAGCCAAUGGCAUCCUCAUCCUCAUCUCACCCAAGAAAUGAGCAACAGGAUGCUUUCUCUGCAAUUGAACCUCACGGCAAAAGGAGGAGAGUAGACGAAUCUUCAAGAUUGUUUGAUGUUUUCAUCAACCACAGGGGUCCUGAUUGCAAAGAAACUCUAGCCUUUAAGCUUUACAAAUCCCUUGAGGAGUUGAAAAUAAGGGCAUAUCUUGAUUCGGAAGAGAAAGAAUUCGGUGAUUCGUUUCCUUCAACCAUUAAAAAUGCUAUCCAGUCGGCUUCAGUUCACAUAGCUAUCUUUUCACCAGGAUAUGCAAAGUCCCCAUGGUGUUUGGCGGAGCUUGUGCUGAUGUUACAAAGUGGUGCUAAGAUCAUUCCAUUGUUUUACGGGGUGAAGCCUUCCGAUCUUCGCCACAUAGAAAAGGGAGCGUAUGCCGAGGCGUUCAUUAAAUAUGAAGAGAAGAAGAGGUAUAUGGAGAAGUUUGAUGAGUGGAAGGAAGCCCUCCACUCUGUUUCAUUUAAUACAGGACAUGAAAUCAGCAGCGAUUUCAAUAGCAGUGAUUGCCAAAAUAUAGUGUCAGCUGUCCAAAAUGAAGUUCAAAGGAAAAUAUCUCUACAUGUUGCCAAAUACCCAGUGGGACUUCACAAGCUUGUGAAAGAUUUUGAAAAGGCGUGUUUUGAUAAGAUUGUGGAAGAUUUUGAAAGGCAGUGUCGGACAAAUAAAGGCGGCAAAGGGAAGGCUCAGAUAGUCGGCAUUUUUGGAAUGGGUGGAGUCGGCAAGACAACUCUGGCGAAAGAGUUGUUCAACCGAAAUCUCCCCCAAUAUAAACGAGCCUGUUUUCUGUUCGAUGUGAGGGAAGCCUAUUCAAAUAACAGAUUUCCUUCCUUACAAUCGAAACUCCUUAAAGAUCUCUUCCAACGAGAUGGACUCAAUUUUCAUUGUACAGAGGAAGGAAAAAGUCAUAUUGGGGACUGCAUUGGAAGGAGCAACCGGCUGAGUUUCUUAAUUGUUAUAGAUGAUAUUGAUCACGUGCAACAAUUGGAUGAUCUACUCAUCAUGCAAAUGCUAAAGAUGUCAGUUGAUAGCCUGGUGAUUGCCACAACCCGUGAUGUAAGUGUGCUUAUAAACACAGGAAUUACCACUGGUUAUAAUCUAAAAGGAAUGGAUAGAGACGAUGCGAGGCAGCUGUUUUGUUGGCAUGCCUUCGGACAACCCUAUCCGGCUGAGCAUCACGAGAAUCUGGUUAACUCCUUUCUAAAUGUUUGUGGAGGGUUACCUCUGUCUCUCCAAGUUCUUGGCAGUCAUGUUCAUGGCAGAGAUCAGAAUUAUUGGAGACUAGAAUUGAAUAAAGUUAGCAAGACACUGCCUCGAGACAUACAUCAAAGACUUCAGAUAAGCUUUGAUGCACUGGACCACGAGGAGCAACAAAUUUUCAUGGAUAUCGCAUGCUUUUUUGUUGACGAAUUGAAGAGCAUUGCCAUGCAAGUAUGGGAGGCAUCGGGAUGGAGCGCUCAACAUGCCGUGGAAACACUUAAAAACAAGUGUCUUGUUCAAGACUCAAUAAAAGAGGGAUUAUGGAUUAGGGUAGGAGAAGACAGAUCUGGCUGGAGAAUGCAUGACCAUCUGCGGGACUUGGGAAGAGAAAUGGCGAAGGGAGCGAACCAUCCUCGUCGGUUGUGGCGCCCACAAGAUGUACAUCUGAAAUCUGAGCUGUUUCUGAGAUUGCAUGAAUCAAAAGGAUUCCAAAACGUCGUCGCUCAAACCAAAUACAGAUGCUUCCAUUCCACUUUUGACAAACGCACGGGGUGUAGAUCUACAUACUUUGUAGGGGAAUCAGAAUUCAGUGCUGACACAUCGAUGUGUUUGUUGUGGCUUAAGCUCGAGUAUGAGGGUUUUCAGGAGCAGGGUCGGCUGCCAAGCAUUCCUUCAUGGGUUCCUCUUCAAAAUUUGAGAUUUUUAAUAAUCAGAAAUUUACAUCUCAAAACGUUGUGGCAGAGCAACGUACAGGCGCCCACCCAAUUGAAAGAGCUGCAGAUAAAGGACACUUAUUUGGAAGAAUUUUCAGAUUUAUCAGGAGUAUCAAAUAAAAAAUUACAAUUGACGUUUGUAAACAUCUGAAAACCUUGUUAGAAUUAUCUGUUCUU